AAGCAACUGGUCGAUGCUUUAUUUCUCUCGGCAUCUUCCGAUUCCGAUCUCGCCAUCCCCCGUCGUCGUCUACGCAGGCUUCUGCCUCGGUGCUGUCGUUGUCGCGCUCCUUCUUCGCCUCCGCCUCCGAAACCAGCUCAAUGAUCCUCCUCCAAUCGCCUUCCCGGUUCCUCCUUCAAAUCCUCCAAGAUCGCCUUCUCAGCCCGGAAAAGGGAAUUGACCUAGAUUGCCAUUCCGUCGAGUUUGAUGACGUUCGAUACCACAUCCAGUUCUCGACUAGGAAUCCGCAGGUGAUGGUGCUGUCCGUCUCCCUCCCCUUAGCGCCGCCGGAGGCCAUUUUCUUCGACGGACUUCCGUUCGGCGCCAUCGACGCCAUAAAGACGGCAUACGGGUCGGUGGUGCAGAUUCUUGAUCCCCCUAAAGAUGGGUAUAAUCUGACUAUGAAGCUCAACCUCUCAAAGCUCCCGUCAGUUGAAGAGCAAAGGCAAGCUCUCCUAGUAAAAAUUGCAUCAGUAAGAGAAGUUGUUUUAGGCGCUCCGUUGAGAUUUGUUCUGAAGAAUCUUUCAGCAAAGACUGUUGCACCAGAAAUGGAUCAACUUAUUGCUCUUGUGCACAGACCCAAGGAAUCUUUUUUCCUAGUUCCUCAGCCAGAUAAAGUAACUGUGGUCUAUCCUAUGAGAUUCCAGGACUCUACUGAUAUUGUUUUGGCAACAUCAUUCUUACAGGAACUUGUUGAAGCAAGGAGAACUGCUGGUCUUAAUAAUGCACCUUCUUGUAUGUGGUCUGCUACACCUCCUCUUGAGUUGAAAGCAGCACCUGCUCAAGCACUAACAGCAAAUGCUGGAUUUGUUACCUUUGUAAUUUUUCCUCGUCAUGUCGAAGAGAAGAAGCUGGAUAGGACUGUUUGGAGCCUGUUAACAUUUCAUGCUUAUGUCAGUUAUCAUGUCAAGUGUUCAGAAGGUUUCAUGCACACCAGAAUGAGGCGACGGGUGGACUCACUUAUUCAGGCUUUAGAUCGUGCUAAAUCAGAAUCAGAGAAGGCAAAGAAGUUAGUAUCCUUCAAACGACUGAGUCUUAAUGAAACUCGUAGCAACUCGAAUUCUUGAAGCUUCAUCCAAGAAUCGUGAGAUCCUUACUGCUUGCUUUGCUCAAGGGCUCUUGUUUUGACGUUUCCUGAAUCAGCUGACAGGUUCCAUUCUUUUUUCAUGUAACUGAUAUUUAUGUCGCAUCACACGAUCCGCUUGUGCUGUGACUAGAAAUUAUUCCAGCGUAGCGAAGCAAUUUGUAGUUUCAUGUAGCGGAGUCGAACUCCGGUCUUGACUGUUCGACCUUACCACAUUGUAUCACCAUCAAUUCCUGUACUGCUACGCAUAAUCUCUCUGUGUACAAGCCAUCAAAUAAGUUCUACUCCAUUCGAACUGCAAAUAUGAAUGUUAUUGAUAUCUGGUUGAAAUGGAGUGCUGCAACAGAAAUGACUGAUUGUAGAAAAAUGUAUAAGGCUUUGCUUGUUCCAUCUGUGAACAUCUACAGUGCGUAUCUUGGUAUAAAAUUAAAAUUUCGUUCUAA